GUUGGAGACCUGACUGAACACCGACUGAGGGUAUGUCAAUUUUCUUUUGCUGGAAAGAGAGAGAGAAAAUUUGAGAAGCCAUAAAAGGAGAAAGACGGUGGAUUCGUGGUUCGAUGAAAGUCGGAGUGAGUUUUUGGGAGAGAAAUAUUGGGAGUGUAGAAAUGGGGUUGGAGGGAGUAGGGGAUCUCUCUCUGCAUAUAGUUUUAUCGAAAUUAGGAGCAGAAGACGCUGCAAGAGUGGCAUGUGUCAGCCGGAGGUUAAGGGUUUCUUCCUCUGAGGACUCCCUUUGGUCCGAAUUCUGUUCCCGGGAUCUUUGUCUCUCUGCUCCUCUCGAUCCGCAUGGAAACCCCGCACAUUCUUUCAAGGCUGCUUAUCAGUCAUGGAGGGAAGCUUUUGGUAUGUAUCCUUGGGCCCUUGUCAAACGAGUUAAAAGAUGUUGGGACAACCUGAGGAAUUGGCUGAGCAUUAACUUUCCGGAGGCUCAUGCUACCCUUCGGGGGGGUGCAUCUGAAGCUGAUAUUCAAGAGUUAGAGAGUGCUUUGAAACUGAAACUGCCUCUUCCCACAAGGCUUCUUUAUCGUCUUUGUGAUGGUCAGGAGUUACCCACUGGGAAUACUUCCAAAAGUGAAUUGGGCCUAAUAGGUGGCUACUCGUUCUAUACCCAUUUGGUUAAUGUUUAUUUGUUACCUAUAAGGCAGAUAAUUAGAGAAACAAAGGAUAUUGUUCGUCAACUAGGAUUUGCCAGAAAAUCCAAGUACAUUGCUGUGGCAGAGUCUCUAACAUCUGAUGACAAGUACUUUUUCCUCAAUUGUACUAAUGGGCAACUGUAUGUUGGGACAAAGAAUCUUUCGAAUCUUGGAGAAAUGUUGCCAUGUGUACCAAAUGCAUUGAUAAGAUCUGUGCACGAUUUAAAUGGUGAUCAACAACAAGAUGCCAUGCUGCUGUGGUUAGAGGAACACGGAAACAGGUUACAAAAUGGUGUCAUAAAACUUCGUGGAGAAGGGGCUGCCAGGAGUAUAAAUUUGUUUCCAGAGGUCUCUCCAUUGUGCUCAGCUGUUGUGACAAAUGGUGUUCAGGUUCGUGCGUCUGCUGUGUUUGUUCCGGAGUUCGCUGAUAUCCAUGAUGACUCCGAGAAGUACUGGUUUGCAUAUUCAAUCCGCAUGUCCCUCCUGCCUGAAGGGUGUAUUAUAAAUGGGAUGCACUAUAACUCCUGCCAACUGCAACGAAGGCAGUGGAUCAUCCGUGCCAAUGAUGCUAUAGUAUCCAAUGUUAAUGCAGAAGCUGUGAUAGGGAAGUACCCACUCCUGCAUCCAAGUGAGGAAGAGUUUGUCUACGAGAGUUGCACCCCUCUACCUUCUUCCUCUGGUUCCAUUGAAGGUUUUUUCACAUUUGUUCCUGGCAGUUUGUUCGAUCCAAAAGGCAGUGAAUUCAAGGUUCAAGUGGGAAAUUCCCCCUUGCAGCUGCCGGAGUAUAUUUUCUAGUAACCCUCAAUAGUCUGUAUGGCAAAACUUGCUCUCUCUGUUCUUCAUUUUGUAGAUAUGGCUGGCAAUAUUGCUGUCUCUCUCUCUCAAAUGCUUCAAAUGGGUUUAAGUAAUUGUAUUUUUCACAGGCUUAUUUUUAUUGUUUUAUUUUAUUUUUAUGAAGAGCUUAUUUGGUGUGCAGUUGGACUCCAGUUAUCUUGACUUGUAUUUUCUUUUCGAGUUAUUGGAUUCAUUAAGUUCACAUUGCUACUUAA